GGGCGUCCGGGGACGGCCGGCCCCGAUCCGGCACCGCCGCCGUGCCGCGCCGCUCCGUCCCCGGAGGCGCGGACCGGCGUCCGGGAGCGAUCGGCGCUCCGCGGGUCGGUCCGCCUCCGCCGGGCAGGAUGGUGGACUUGGACAGCGAGGUCCCCCCGCUGCCGCCGCGGUACCGCUUUCGAGAUCUGCUGCUGGGUGACCAGGGCUGGCAGAGCGACGACAGGGUGCAAGUUGAAUUCUAUAUGAAUGAAAACACAUUUAAAGAGAGACUAAAACUCUUCUUCAUCAAAAACCAAAGAUCAAGUCUGAGAAUACGGUUAUUCAAUUUUUCACUUAAGCUAUUAAGCUGUUUCUUAUACAUAAUUCGUGUGCUUCUGGAUGACCCUACACAAGGACAUGGAUGCAAGGAAUUAAACCGGGAUUGUUACAAUCAAAAUUACACACCCGGAACAAUUGAUUGGUCUCCUAUUAUUUGGGUGAAUCGAAGUUUGCCUUUAUGGGGAUUACAGGUUUCAGUGGCUUUAAUAAGUCUCUUUGAAACACUAUUGCUGAGUUAUCUUAGCUACAAGGGAAAUAUCUGGGAACAAAUUCUGCGAAUACCCUUCCUCCUGGAAAUAAUAAACGCUGUCCCUUUCAUCAUUACGAUUUUCUGGCCAGUCCUAAGAAACCUGUUUAUUCCUGUUUUUUUAAACUGUUGGCUAGCAAAGCAUGCUUUGGAGAAUAUGAUUAAUGAUCUUCACAGAGCCAUCCAACGUACACAGUCUGCAAUGUUUAACCAAGUCCUCAUUUUAAUAUCCACUUUACUGUGUCUUAUCUUCACUUGUAUUUGUGGAAUUCAACAUCUGGAACGAGCAGGAAACAAGUUGACUCUCUUUGACUCCCUUUAUUUCUGCAUAGUGACAUUUUCCACGGUGGGCUUUGGGGAUGUUACACCCAAGAUAUGGCCUUCAAAACUGCUUGUUGUCAUUAUGAUCUGUGUUGCACUUGUGGUGUUGCCCAUACAGUUUGAACAGCUGGCGUAUUUGUGGAUGGAGAGACAGAAGUCCGGAGGCAACUACAGUCGACACAGAGCUCAGACGGAAAAACAUGUUGUGCUGUGCGUCAGCUCUCUGAAGAUUGAUCUACUUAUGGAUUUUUUAAAUGAAUUCUAUGCUCACCCUAGGCUGCAGGACUAUUAUGUUGUUAUUUUGUGUCCUACUGAAAUGGAUGCUCAGGUCCGGAGAGUGUUACAAAUCCCGAUGUGGUCUCAAAGAGUUAUCUAUCUCCAAGGCUCAGCACUAAAAGAUCAAGACCUGUUGAGAGCAAAAAUGGAUGAUGCUGAAGCUUGUUUCAUUCUAAGUAGCCGCUGUGAGGUGGACAGAACAGCAGCUGAUCAUCAAACCAUUUUAAGAGCAUGGGCUGUUAAAGACUUUGCCCCGAACUGCCCUUUGUAUGUCCAAAUACUGAAACCUGAGAAUAAAUUCCACAUCAAGUUUGCAGAUCACGUUGUGUGUGAAGAAGAAUUCAAAUAUGCUAUGUUAGCUCUAAACUGUAUAUGUCCAGCUACCUCUACAUUGAUCACACUGCUGGUUCAUACCUCCAGGGGACAAACGGCACCAUGGGAAGCUUUUCGACAACUAACUGGAACCAGACAGACUCUGAACAGAGAGAGUCAGCAAUCAUCAGAACAGUGGCAGAAAAUGUAUGGCAGAUGCUCUGGUAAUGAAGUGUUUCACAUUAACCUGGAAGAAAGUACUUUUUUUGCUGAGUAUGAGGGGAAAAGCUUCACAUAUGCUUCUUUCCAUGCACAUAAAAAGUUUGGAGUCUGUCUGAUUGGUGUUAGAAAGGAAGAUAACAAAAACAUUUUGCUGAAUCCAGGUCCUCGGUAUAUCAUGAGUUCUACAGAUAUAUGCUUUUAUAUAAAUAUCACCAAAGAAGAGAAUUCUGCUUUCAAGAAGCAAGAAAAACACAGAAAAAGACACGAAUCAAAAUUAUCUUAUCAUGGAGCAUCUAGGUUGCCUGUACACAGUAUAAUAGCCAGCAUGGGAACCGUAGCUAUCGAUUUACAAGACACAGGAUGCCGAACGUCCAGCGGACCUACACUAGCUCUUCCUUCUGAGGGAGGUAAAGAGGGCAGACGGCCCAGUAUAGCACCUGUUCUGGAGGUUGCAGACUCAUCCUCACUUCAGGCAUGCGACCUUCUAAGUGACCAGUCAGAAGAUGAAACCACUCCAUCUGAUGACGAAGUCUCUGCAGGCUUAGAGUAUGCCAAAGGCUAUCCUCCUUACUCUCCUUACAUUGGAAGUUCUCCCACAUUUUGUCAUCUUCUGCAUGAAAAAGUACCCUUCUGUUGUCUAAGACUAGAUAAGGGGUGCCAGCAUAACUACUAUGAAGAUGCCAAAGCCUACGGAUUCAAAAAUAAAUUGAUUAUUGUUGCAGCAGAAACUGCUGGAAAUGGCUUAUAUAAUUUCAUCGUCCCACUUAGAGCUUAUUACAGACCGAAAAAAGAACUCAAUCCCAUUGUAUUACUCCUGGAUAACCCGCCAGAUAUGCAUUUUCUGGAUGCAAUCUGUUGGUUUCCAAUGGUUUACUACAUGGUGGGCUCUAUCGACAACCUAGAUGACUUAUUAAGAUGUGGGGUCACCUUUGCAGCUAAUAUGGUGGUGGUGGACAAAGAAAGUACAAUGAGUGCUGAGGAAGACUACAUGGCAGAUGCUAAGACCAUUGUAAAUGUUCAAACACUCUUUAGGUUGUUCUCGAGCCUAAGCAUUAUCACAGAGCUAACUCACCCCGCCAAUAUGAGAUUCAUGCAAUUCAGAGCCAAAGACUGCUAUUCUCUUGCUUUAUCCAAAUUGGAAAAGAAAGAACGGGAGAAGGGAUCUAAUUUAGCAUUUAUGUUUCGACUACCGUUCGCCGCUGGCAGGGUUUUCAGCAUCAGUAUGUUGGACACACUGCUGUACCAGUCAUUUGUGAAAGAUUAUAUGAUCUCUAUCACAAGACUUCUCCUAGGACUUGAUACAACACCAGGAUCUGGGUUUCUUUGUUCAAUGAAAAUCACAGAAGAGGAUUUAUGGAUUAGGACAUAUGCCAGACUAUAUCAGAAACUUUGUUCUUCUACAGGAGACAUUCCAAUUGGAGUCUACAGGACAGAAUCCCAAAAGCUUACAACGUCUGAAUCUCAAAUCUCUAUCAGCGUAGAAGAAUGGGAAGACACUAAAGACACGAGGGAACAGGUUAACUAUCGUAGUAAUCAUCGUAACUCAACAUCUAGUGAUCAGUCCGAUCACCCCUUGUUACGACGAAAAAGCAUGCAGUGGGCUCGACGGCUGAGCCGAAGAGUACCGAGACACUCUGGUAAAACAGCUGAGAGGAUAAGCCAGCAGCGAAUGAACCUUUACAGGAGGUCAGAAAGACAGGAACUUGCUGAGCUUGUGAAAAACAGAAUGAAACAUCUGGGCCUGUCUCCAGCAGGAUACGAUGAAAUGAAUGAUCAUCAGAACAACCUUUCUUACAUCCUGAUCAAUCCUUCUCCAGAUACAAGAUUAGAGCUGAAUGAUAUAGUAUACUUGAUCCGACCUGAUCCAUUGGCUUAUGUUCCAAACACAGCAUCCAGCCGAAAAGACAGCUUCUACAAUACAGUGGGACAAGAUACCAGAGAGGAAACACAACUUUGACAUGCAAUUCAACAAAAUUAACAGUUUUAUACAUAUAGUUUCCUCCAAUCAUUUUGAAAACUAAGUGGUACAUUUUAUUCAGUUUUUGGAAACAAAGUGACAGUGGGUAAGUCACUAAUUUUAGAAACACAGUCUCUAGAAACUCUUAUGAGUUUCCUCAUGAUCGUCAAGCUUGUAGCCUGUUCAACAUUGUAGUUGAACUUCAGUUUAGCAGAAAACUCUUAUGAUUUAACCAAUAUGAAGAAAUGAUUAAAGAAGUAAGAGACUCCAAAAUGUUUCACUUAGAAGCUUCUAAGUAUAUCUGUCAAGGUGGCAGCAUGUCUGCGAAUAAGCUCCCGACAUAAAUCAUAAAAGAUUAUCUGAUGUCCAUCAAGGGAUCAUGUAUGCGUAGCAGAAAAUAAGUUAGUAUUUAAAGUUGUCAAAGAGGAUGUUUGCACCAAGAAUACAACCUCUGAGAUAAUUUUCAAGCUUAACUUGUCACCCAUCUAUAUUUGAACAGCCUUGUUUUACUCCCAUUAUGGCCUCUAGGACUUGAACGUUUGCUCUGUGAGUUUACAGAUGACACAGCUUAGUCACGCUGUAGAGAUUGACCUGAGGCACAUCUACUGAAAAAUUAGCUCAGAGAAGCUCAGAGAAUCUCACAGAGGCAUUUCAAGAAGGAACAAUUCAUAGAGCAAGCAAAGCAGAACCUUUAAAGGCAGAUCUAUAAAAGCAGUCCUUUACAUUUGCAAAAAUCUGGUAAGAAUAUGUGAAGCUACAAACAGCGGUAGCUCAGAUGAAAAAUGAAUCAUUUAACAUGAGUUUUCAGUCACAGGACGGCUUGGUUGAAAGGGAACUUAUCACCAAGUUCCAAUCUACCUGCCAUGAGGAGGGUUGCCAUCCACUAAAUCAAGUUGGUAGCAAGAAGACUCAAUGGAUGAUGCCGAACGCAAGUGUCUCUCCAGGGAGCAACUAAAACCACAGAUCGUUUCCACUCCCAUGGCAAUGCCAGAACUCCAACUGUUCAAACUACAAGCAUACCCAAUUCAUAUUACCCAAAUAUGAUACUUGUUCAUAUGAAACUACAUAUCAUAAUGAAAAUGAGAAAAGCUUGUAAUCUAUUCCACAAAAUGAAUGGAGCACUACAUUAAAUGGAUUUGAAGGCUUUGGCAAUCAAUACGCAAGAAAGCAUCUACAGUGUAUGAAGCAUCUGAAGCUGCUACAGAAUCUCCAGUCUACAUAUACAAGAAUCCCAGAAGUUUUGGUCAAGAAUUUACAGAAGUAAACAUAGUUGUACACAAUCUUCAAAACAUUCUUGCUUUGCCAUUGAUGAUGAAAAGGGAGGAAGGUCCUUAAGGUUCAAACCAUCCUGCUACAACAAUCAAUACAGGACUGUUACAAAAAAAUUGACAUGUGGACUGAAGUGGCAGAACCGAUAAUUCUUUGAAUUCCCUUGAUGUUCUCUGUGUACAGAGAAAUCCACUCUUAAAAACAUUUUUUUUAUUAUUUGGAAAAAAAGCAUAGCUGAUGUUGUUCUGAAAAAUAAAAUGCCAAGCUGCCUGAAGAAUAAGCAAGUAUGCUUAUCAGUACUGCAAGUACGUUAAAAAUCACAUCACACUCCUAUUAGGAAUAACACAAGGUCUGCUAUUAUUCCUUCUCUUCCUCUUAAUUUUUCCAAAACUAAACUGUAAGGAAUUAGAGGUCUUAGAGCAAACCAAAGCAAUCAGAUGUUUCAAAGCAAUUGAAACAAUUGCUCAUACCAUCUCUUAGACAGAAUUUUGUCCAGAUUGCAUCACAGAAACUAUCACAUAGAAAUAAUUGUUUGUAAAAUGAAUAGCCUUCUAUUUUUAAUACCUUCAGAGAGAAGACUAUGCCAGUUGUAUAUUUCCAAGCAAGAGAAGUGUUUUGUAAAAUGUUCACUCCAAAAUAUUAGAACAACUCUGUGUUUCAUACUGAAGGUCUUUCUAACACAGCCUCAAGUAAGCAAACAGAAUUUCAGAAACAUGCCUAGUAUCCACAAUCAGCAAGCUACUCUGCUUUUCACACAGUAUAUCCUGGAGUCAUCCAAUCCAGACAUUAUCUGUACAUUGCCUGAAGUAACCGCAACAGAUUUAAACACUCUCUGCCACAAGAAUAGUUAGGGCUCCAUGCCUGGCAUUUACCAUCCUAUAAACAAGUAGAAAUAAGUAGUUAGGCAUAUCCAUUUUUCUACCCAACUCAGUGGAACAGUAGCAUCUAUUGUCACUUGAUAUUUCCUAGACUUGAUGGAUUUUUAAUUGCUCAAUAGCCCUAGAAGAUUUGCUAAAGCAAAUCUCCACAAAAACAGGUAGAGACAACUUGCAGCACGUCUAAAAUAAAGCAAAGAUAAUUUUUCCGAAUAUAAACGCUUGGUUCUUUUCAAAUUCUACUGGAAGAUGAGCAAGGUAAAAGCUAGCAGCUUCUUUUGAGACAAGUCUAAUAACACAUUGAUGAUGCACUAUUCCGUAAUUCAAGAUAUGCCACCUUCCACGCUGGAAGCAGAACAGCUUUGCUUCCCCAGGCACAUCUUCAGACCCCAUUCUAGUGGGAUUUAAGCCUUUCAAGAACUAUACCGAGUACUCUACAUUAACACUGAAUGAGAUAGCACACAUAUUCCUUGAUGGCCAUGAAGGCAGUUCUUUAAGGAUCACUUUACAGGCAAUUUUGCGUUCACAUGCUUCUUGCUAAGAUUAUCAGCAAUAUAAUACAGCUGGACUGGAGAUCAGGUUGAGAAAAAGUAAUAUCCAUGCUCAAUGCUAGAGGAGGGAUGACAAAGCUUCAGAGUCAUUGGGUCCAGAAGACUUGAACAGAGUUGUGUCUGAUGACAAUUCACUCAGUGAUUACAGAGAUUAAACUUAUGAUCAUUUACAAAAGCAAGUGAUUAAAUUCUGAACCAACUGUCAGAAGCCAGAUGGCCAAAUAACAUCUUUUUCCCACUCAAUCAAAGAAAACAGCAGAUUUCAGUCUGUAUUUAACUGUAUGUACUUUUUUUCUUCUCUUUGUAACUCAUAUUAAUAGUAAAUCAGACAUGCUCUCUUUACCAAACACUUCCUUGAACAACUACGAGGAAACCUGGAAGUCAAAGGGACGAAACAUGUUAUUUAUUCUACAAUAAAAAGUCACAAUAGGUAUUACUGUGGAAUACAUUGUGUUUCCUUUACUGUUCCACUCCAGUUCCAGAACACGCACUAAAACAACUUGAGUUCUCAAAAUCUGUAGUAGUGUGAGUUAAUGAAGUUUUCAUUUUAACUUCCAAGUCAAACUGUUAUUAUAUAGUUCCUUCAACCAUAGCUUCCUACCUUUGUAGCAAAUCGUGUACUUCAAAGUAUUUAAGUUACUGAAGACUUCUUAUACAUCUGUUUACUACUGCACCAAUAAAAUGCAAAAUAAAUAGUUUUUGGGUUUCUGCUAUGGAGGAAAAAUUAAGUAACAGCAAAUGCACCCAAAACAACACAAUUCUGUAGUUUCUAGGCAGUAAAUGCUGAAAACAAGUAUUUUGUAAAUUUGAAGCACUGAUGUAUGAGGUUUUGAUGAGCUGAAAUCUACUUGAUAUCUGAAGGAAAUCAGUCAUUACAAUCCCAAAACAAAUUAAUAAAAACAAGCAGUACUACAUAAUAACAUCAAGUACACAAGAUUAUUUAGAAAUCUAUUUUUGAGCUAGAGGCAUAAAUGCAGAUAUCUGCUUAAAAUAUUAUGCACAUUCUUCAUAUGAUGCACUAGGAAACAGACAUACAUUGAAUAUAUGUCUAAAGGACUGCACUUCAACUUUCUUACCUCUAUUUCUUUUGCUUGAUGCAGAACAUACAUUAAAGGGAGAGCAGAGAAGUAAUGAACACUAUGAAAGAUCACUAAGACCUUGCUGAUCAUCAUCUUUAGAGGUUGCAAAAAAUAUUAAUGAACUAUACAAGAAAAUCAUUAUUGUCUAUACUAGUGAUGCGAUGAUGCUGUCAAAUAACGGAUGUUGAACACAAGUAUGAACUCCCAGAGACUCAAGAAACUUAAUGAGGAAAACACUUCUGCUUUACAAAGUAAAAAACAAGAAUUUGAUGUUUCUACAAACUAGUUUUCAAUUUAUUAUGUAAAAUUUGGAUACUUGCUAGCACUGUAAAGUAGGAUAAAUUUCUCUAAAGUUUUUUUCUCCUCAGAUAAAAAAAAACAAA